CAACAACAGCAACAAAAACCAUUCACAUCCUAAAGCUUUUGAAGUUCAAAAAGUUGUAUCUUACUUACGAGUAUUUUUUCAAAGUCUCACACAUACAAUACAACUAUGGGUUUUCGUUUGCCUGGUAUCAAAACCGCAUCAUUUGCGGCAAACCAAGUAUCUUCAAAAUCGGUGGAUGUGCCAAAGGGUUACCUUGCAGUCUAUGUUGGAGAGAAAAUGAAGCGGUUUGUGAUCCCUGUAUCAUACUUGAACCAACCUUCAUUCAAGAACUUGUUGAGUCAAGCUGAGGAAGAAUUUGGAUAUGACCAUCCCAUGGGUGGCCUCACAAUUCCUUGCAGUGAAGAUGUCUUCAACAGUAUAACUUCUGGCUUGAAUCGACAAUAAAUCUCACACUUUAGGAGACUGACAUAGAUUAGUGAAGACAUUUUAUAUACAAUAGGCGUCUUCUCAACUUGUAAAGAUCUCCCUUUCUUGAGAAAGAGGGAAAAGAAAGAACAUUGAAUGACAAAAUCACAGUAUUACAUUUUUUUGUGUAAUGACAAUGAAUUUAACUACUCAUGCAGCUCCUCUGUGUUUUUUUGUUAUUUGAUACAAUGUUCGCUUCUCACAGUAUAAGCAAGGUAAAUUUCUGUCAAAAAAGAAAAGAAAAGAAAAAGACAUUGUUCUGAUAAAUUUCACAGCAUGAAUAGAUACAUGAUUCCUAGCAUGGGUAGAAAAAAAGUAUUUUUCCUCUACUAAGAAAAAGAUAAAUUUAUUUAAUAAAUAGUCUAAAUAUAUUUUAUUAAUAUUAUACACAUGAAAUUAAAAUCUGAAGGUGCCACGCCUCAAACAAACGAUGUAGUUUCCCUGUCAAGGCAGAUGCAGAAUAACAAUGGACUUAACAAGGUUUACUGUUUUCCUUGAUCAACACCGGUGACUAGCCUAAUCAUGUACUAAAAGCUUUCUCUUAUACCAUUUACAUGGCUUAUUGUCUUUAUAUAACCAUUUAUUUGUAGAAGUCAAAGAACCAAUGCUUUUCUGUAGCUUCUGUUUUGUUUUUUUUUUAUUGGGAUAAAA